AUGGUUUUGAUCAAAGCCACACCUAGAACAAAAUCGAUCCCUAUUCAAUCUGGAAGUGAUUUUCUUUCCUUUAAUAGCAAAAUAACGAGAAGCAAAUCAUCUGUUCAAAAUGCUCAGGUCGCUUUCCAAAAAUUCUCCACGAAAACUGGCGAUUUGGUGGCUGUCAUCGUUCUUGUGAGCUCAUAUGAUAUUUCAUCAGCUGAUUUACCUAUAAAAAUAGUGCGACACGAAUUAAAAGGACGUGCUGAAAUAUUUCAUAAUGGACACUGGGGUUCUAUUUGUGAUGAUAGCUGGACCGAUGCAAGUUCUGCAGUUUUCUGUAGGAUGCUUGGAUACAGGAUAGAAAAAUUCGUUACUGGAAUUCAUACUCCAGAAUUCGCAGUAUCUCAUAAAGUACGACCUAACCACAAUUAUAACUUGAUAGAUAAAGAUCGGGAAAAACAUAUAGAAAUCCACGAGUUGGCACCACCUACUUUUUCCAUGGCGACAUACAAUGCACAGGAAGCGAGAAUAAUAUUACGCUGUGUCUUGGCAAAUGGCAAAAAAUUACAAGGAAUCAGGCAUCAGUUGCAGGUGUUGAUUGCGAAGAAGUGUGAGGAAGCUAUUGAAUGGUUUCAAUGCUUAAGUGACAAGAAGAAAUCAAAAUUCAUCCAGUUUGGCAUUGAUACACGUGUUCGAGUUAUUGAAAAGAAUAUUUUUGGACGAGCAGAGGUGUUUUAUCGUAACAUUUGGGGUACCAUCUGUGACGACAAUUGGAAUACAGCUGCGUCAAGGGUUUUCUGCAGAAGCAUGGGAUACAGUGACGGGAAUUUCGUGGCAAACUCAUUAACUGACGAUGGAAUCGGAAACAUUUGGUUGGAUGACGUUAAUUGCAACGGUAAUGAGAGACGGAUAGUUGACUGUCCUCAUGCAACAAUUGGUGUUCACAACUGUAGACAUAUCGAAGAUACUGGAGUGAAUUGUACAAUAGUGCCAAAGCGUUUCCUUUCUAAUGGCCAUGCCGAAGUAUUCUAUAACGGAGAGUGGGGAGGUAUAUGCGACAAUAACUGGAACAUAUACAACACAAUGAUUUUCUGUCUGGAACUCGGAUACACAUCAGGAAUAACACUAGAAAGAUCGACGACAAAGUAUUCAACAAAAACUUGGCUUCAGAAUGUUCAAUGCUUAGGACGAGAAACUUAUAUCGACCAAUGUUCCCAUUCCAACUGGAUUGACCAAACUUGCCCUACAAACUCCUAUGUCAGACUCAGUUGCUCAUCAAAUCCAGUGUACCGAACGCAUAGGCUCAUUAUUUCAUUUUCAGAAGGAACAGAAGGAACUCUGAAUGUUACAAUGAAUGGCGUAAAAGCGAUUUUAGCAAUGAGUUCCAUGCCUAAUCGCAUAACAGAAGCACUUUGUAAGACAAAAGGUUUUAGCACGGGUACAAUAUUGCAGUAUAUCAACUUCGGGGUAUCUCAAAAACAUUCGUGCAUUGAUUUUAUCGAUACGUUCAAUGAUACUUGGGUAAUCAAUUAUAAACAAUGUGGCUACGGAAGCGUAAAUAUACCAUUUAUUAGAUGUGCAAAUGAAAUCUACCGAGUCAUUGGAAAGGAUGAAAACGAAGGUCGUCUAGAGGUAAAUAUAAAUGGAGUUUGGGGAAAUCUAUGCAGUACUUCGUGGAACAACACGGGUGCAACACUUGCCUGCAAUGCGCUUGGAUUUGAUCUUAUCAAUCGAUCAGAUGAUCGACUGAAAAUAUGGGUACUAUUACCGACAGUCAUAUGGGAUGUUGGUGUAAAGAUUAAAUUAACAGCAUCGAAGGAAACCAAUAAUGUCUCUUCAUUAGUUGUUUUUGAGAUAGUUUUCAUUGAUAAAUUCAUUACUUUGGGUUUCUCCUGUAUGUUUUGUUCCAACGUGUGCCCCUGUUUCUCUAGACUCGGUCUAAAAGAUGUUUACUGUAAUUUGAUUGGUAGAAUUAUCAGUGCUCUUAAUUAUAUUAGGAUUGCUGGGAGCCUGAUUUUGCUAUCUGGUUUCCUUUUGGGAAACGGAUUCCUUACAAUCAUGAAGGCCGUAAAAGUUAGACUUACUUCUGAUGCUAGGGUUGAAGUCCAACACGAUGGAAAUUGGGGACGUAUCAAAGGAAGUGCCACUAGAGCAGAGUGCUCGGUCAUCUGUAGAAUGUUAGGAAAGGCGUGUUCCUACUAUUCUUCUUAUGGCAGUUCUGGGAAGCGAUUAGCAAUAAAUUCAAUGAAGUGCCAUGGAAACGAAUCUGUUUUAACGGAGUGUAAUAUACAAUGGACCAAUGUCAUAUCCACCAAUAAUGAAUUCGAGGUCACAUGUUCCGAAGACCAUGUUCGCUUUCGCAAUGCUGGUAAACAUCAUGGCGUUGUUGAAAUCUUCCAUGAUAAUAAAUGGGGUGGAAUUUGUGGUAAAUCUUGGACACGGAACGAUGCUAUUGUCGCUUGCCGAUCAAUGGGAUAUUUGAGUGGAUAUGUCUAUGAUUAUAAACAUCAUUUAAGACAACACGGAUUUCUGUCUGAUACGAAUUGUAAUGGCAACGAACAAAACCUAAAUGACUGUCCACAUGGAAUAUGGGGCUUCCAUCGAUGUAAUAAAUGGGCCGGUGCAGAAUGUUCGAAAUAUAAAAUUCGGCUGAGAGGUGGAAACUCUACAAAAGAAGGUAGAGUGGAAAUCUUUCAAAAAGGGAUUUGGGGAACAAUUUGUGACAGAAACUGGAAUGAUGAAGCAGCUUCUGUAGUAUGUAGAAGCUUAGGUUAUAACCAAGGUGUCUCAUAUGGUGGCUGGAAGUUUGGUCAAGGAAAGGGCACUAUAUGGUUUGACGAUGUUACGUGUAAUGGUGAUGAAACUUUCAUUGAUCACUGCGCGAAGAAGCCCUGGAGUGAUAAAAUGGCUUGUAAUCAUUCGUGUGAUGCAGGUGUCGUCUGCUUGGAGAAGGGAGUUCGAUUGGUUGAUGGCGAUUCAGAAAAAGAAGGACGUGUUGAGAUUUUUCAGACACAUAGAUGGGGUAACCUUUGCGGUGAUUAUUGGAACAAUAAUAACGCGAUGGUGGUUUGUCGGAUGUUAGGUCACAUGUAUGGAAUCGGAUACCAAAUAAGAAAGAAUGUCUACUUCCCACCAACCACGUCUUCGUUGUUAAUCCAGACGCCUUUGAAUUGUAAUGGAAGUGAAAGCUCCAUUUUUGAUUGUCCUGUCUUUGCGUCAACACGGUGCCAUUUUCCAGGGGCUUAUGUAAUUUGUGGAGACGUUGGUGUCCGGUUGGUUGAUAAAAUAUCUGACAACGCUGGAAGUAUUGAGGUUCUACUCGAAAGCAAAUGGAGAUCGGUAUGUCCUAAUUCAUGGAAUGAAAACGCAGCAUUCGUAAUAUGUAAUAUGUUGGGUUUCGAAGAUGGCUUUGGACUGAGUAAUCUACAAACACCACAGCUGCCAAGAUAUAUAAAAAAUCUCAAGUGCGAUGGUACUGAACAUUCUGUUGAUGAAUGCUUAUACGAACUAACAGGUCCGAAUUCUUGCUAUUCGAAUACUGGUGUCGGAGUCUUCUGUACCAUGGCUGAGAUGCGCAUCAAUAAUACAGUGCCGGGUAGUUCAUUCGGGUACCUGGAAAUCUUAUACAAUGGAAUUUGGGGUUCUGUCUGCAGCACGUCUUGGUCAAAUUCCAGUGCUGCAGUAGUAUGUCGAUUCCUUGGUUACAGACAAGGCGAGACAGUUCCACAUUCCAAGUUACAUUUGACUUCUCGCGGAAAGCAUCAGUCAUGGAUUGAUAAUGUUCGAUGCCACGGAAACGAGAGUUCACUAUUGUCAUGUGAACAUAGUAAUUUCGGUCGCGCCUUUUGCAGAUUCGAUAACUCAGCAACUGUAAAAUGCACAAAUUUUGUUGGUAUUCGACUUCAAGAUGGACGAAACAGUAGUGAGGGACGUGUGGAAGUUGAUUAUAAAGGAGUAUGGGGUACGGUAUGCUUUGACGAUUGGGAUGAUACGAGUGCAACUGUUGCCUGCAAAAUGCUAGGCUACAGAUACGGAAGAGCAACUGAAACGAAUAUAUUUCUACCUUCGAAGAAACCAAUUUGGUUGAACCGCGUGAAAUGUAGAGGCAUGGAAUCCACUCUUUUCGAUUGCCCACAUGCCCCGUGGAAAUGGAACCAUUGCAGUCAUAGAAACGAAGCUGGUGCUAUCUGUCAUAAUGGCUCACCACCCACAAUGCCAGACCGUAGAACCAUCAUUGGAUAACUAACAAUGUUUCUGAGUUCUUAUUUUCUACUAAUGAAUAAAACUAUUUAUGUUUAAUUA